UUUGUUAUCCACGAGAAAAUGAAGAUUUCGUUCCAAGUUUCAAAAUUAGCCAUGUGCUCUCCGCAUAUGCCACUGCUUGACUUCAAAUGAAUUUUUAAUUUUAAAAUAUGAAACUUGUUUGACAAGAAUAGCCACUCUGCUGAUAACUCGGCCACGACCAUGAAGCGAUUGGUUGAAGAAUCCUUUUGUCUUUUUAGCAUAGAUCAGCGAAGCAAAUCUCUUACCUGUCUCUAUAAUUUGAGCCGCGCCAUAGACUUGAAAGAAAACCAAAACUAGAAACCUCACCAAAACUCUGCAAUGUCAGGUCAAACAGCCUCGGCUUCCAAUCCCAUCAUCGUCGAUGAUCCCUACAAGCGUCUCGAGAUCAUUCUUAAUCCAGACGGCUCGCUUACACGCAACCCCGACAGGUAUCCUAACACCUCAGCCACACCCGAUCCAAAACAACCCAUCCCAGUUCUCUCCAAGGACAUCACUAUCAACCAAUCAAACAGCAUAUGGGCUCGCAUAUUUCUGCCCCGGCAAGCACUUCAUACAUCUUCAAAGCUCCCUCUCGUAGUCUACUACCAUGCAGGAGGAUUCAUCCACUGCAGCGCAGCAUCAACAAUUUUCCAUGUUUUUUGCUCAAACAUGGCGUUGGAACUCCAAGCCAUCAUCGUAUCCGUUGACUACCGUCUCGCGCCAGAGAAUCGGCUUCCAGCAGCUUACGAUGAUGCCAUGGAAGCGUUGCAUUGGAUCAAAACCACGCCAGAAGAAUGGGUGAAACGAUGCGCGGAUUUUGCUAAUUGUUUCCUUACGGGGUCUAGUUCAGGUGCAAACAUUGCCUACCAUGCGGGAUUACGCGCAGCCGAAGAAGCUGAUGAUCUUGAGCCGCUGAAGAUCCGAGGGCUAAUAUUGCACCAACCAUUCUUCGGUGGGUCCGAAAAGGUUGAGUCAGAGUUAAGGUUGGUCAAUGAUCCCAUCUUGCCACCAGGUGUGAGCGAUUUGAUGUGGCAACUGGCGUUGCCAAAAGGCGCUGACCGAGAUCAUGAGUAUUGUAAUCCUGCGGUAGGCAAGAGGUCAAAGGUUUUGGACAAGCUCGUGUCCGUAGGAUGGAGGGUUUUAGUGACCGGGUGUGAUGGGGAUCCUUUGAUUGACCGUCAGGUCGGGCUAGUCAAGUUAAUGGAAGAAAAGGGCAUGAAGGUAGUAAGUGAGUUUCGCGCAGGGGAUCAUCAUGGAGUAGAUUUUAUGCAGCCUGCAAAGGCCAGGGCACUGUUUUUGGUCUUAAAGGAAUUCAUUUUAUCUGCUUCAGCUACGGUACCUGGGGAUGGUAUUUGAUGAUUUGUAAUUGUUGCAUAAAUAAAUGCAGAUUAUAAAUUUCUGCCAAAUAUUAUGGACUUUUAAA